CGCUGCAUCUUUUUCCUUCUGUCUGUCGCUCAAGUGCCACAUCCCACUGUCAGCAGCAGCUGCCGCCGACUCCUGGUCGUUGUAUCAAUGCUUCUUUCGCAUUAGGGCCAAUAAAACCCGUGUCUGACAUGGGGAGGACUGUUUGGUCUUCCUCAAAGAUGUCAGUCACUGAGAUGUACGGUGUGACCACAAUGCCCAGUCGAAGACCCGGGGUUUGAACCAAAAACAUUUUCACUGAUGGCCUAGACUGAGUUUCAGCUGGCCUGCUGUAGCUAUGGGGAGCUGCUGGAGCUGUCUUUACAGAGACCCCAUCCGAGACAACCAUCUCACCAAAUUCAAGGUCACCAAUGUUGAUGAUGAGGGGAACGAGUUGGGCUCUGGGAUCAUGGAGCUCACCCAGACUGAGCUCAUCCUUCACACUCGCAAACGGGACGCCAUCCGGUGGCCAUACCUGUGCCUGCGUCGCUAUGGAUACGACUCCAACCUGUUCUCCUUUGAGAGCGGGCGGCGCUGUCAGACCGGACAGGGAAUAUUUGCUUUCAAGUGUUCUCGUGCCGAAGAGAUCUUCAACCUGCUGCAGGAGCUGAUGCAGUGUAACAGCAUCAAUGUGGUGGAGGAGUCGAUGAUGAUGGGUCGCGGUGGUCACACUCCAGAGCUGGAAAUGUCUCGCACCCCACAGACACCCAACACUCCAGGAUUUCCUGGCCAGGCUUUUCCAAAUGGUUACCCAGGUUACCCUCUCAGAGGCGACUCUCAGCCUUCAAUCACAGAGGAGCACGGUCACAGCCUGAUAGGUUUGGAGGACCAGACUCACACCUAUGUAAAUACUGUUACUAUGGAGGGGGAUCUCUCUAUGCGUCACUGUGUGCACUCCCUACCUGAAGUUCGCCCCAGCACGUUCUCUGAAACAGCUCGAGGAGGCCAGAGUUCUGCUCAGUCCAACCUGCGCUGCUGCUCCAUGGAGGAGCAUAAAGACCCUCAGGUAUUCAUACAGCCAUCUUCACAGGAGGUGAAGUUCAGGCUGGGCCCCACUCCUGCACAGCGCCAUCUAAUGGAGAGGGAGAGAGAAAGAGAAAGGCUCAACCCUCACAGUCUGCAGCCAGUAGAGGGCGCCACAGGUUCAGAGACAGAAGGAGACGAGCCCUCUAUGCACUUGUGCAACUCUCACUCUUACCAUCAUUUCCAUCAUCAUGCGCUGCGCCACCAAACUCAUGAGCUCUCAGACAGCAGCGAGCUGACCUAUGAAAACAUCAACGGGCUGCGUCGUAAGCAGCGCCUCAGCCCCAGCAGCGUGUCCCAGUCUGUGGGCUCCAGCAGCAGCAGCAGCACCACUGGGGACAGUCACUCCCACUCUCUGCUGCACUCCCACGGGCCAGCCUCCCUCCCUCCUCAGGGCUAUCCCUGUGACCGAGGCAUUAGCCACCGCAGGACUGCUCUGCUCAACUAUGAGAACCUGCCGUCGCUGCCCCCUGUGUGGGAGUACAGUGCCCUGCAGCGAGACGAAGAGCAGGAAGAGGAGGAGGACGAGCAAGAUGAGGAUGAGUAUGAUGAAGAGGAGGAGGACUUUGACGAAUAUGAGUUCUCUGAAGGGCCGGGGACACCUAAUGGGUACCACCAAGACAGCAGGGGCAUCCACAGAGAUGCUCUGCAGAACUAUGUGAACACUGAGCAGGUGCAGCCGCCACGGCUACGUCACCCUUGCCCUCCUCCACCACGCUCCUGUCAGCCCGACAGAGGCGGCAGAAUAUUUAACUUUGAUUUCCGUAGAAGGUCGAGGUCCGGAGCAGGGGGCUGCGAGCAUGGCCACAUGCCCACUCGGCAGCUGAACUACAUUCAGGUGGACCUGGAGGGAGAGCCCUGCCCCACAGCACUCAGCGGGGGGGGCCAGCCUCAACACCAGCGCCUACCAUCCAAAAUGUGUGGCUCGCAGCAGGCACCACGUCGGAGUGAGUGCUACGCCGUUAUAGACCUGAAGAAAACCGCAGCCAUGUCCAACCUGCAGAAAGCUCUGCCCCGGGACGACGGCACUUCCAGAAAGACUCGCCACAACAGCACAGAUCUGCCUCUGUAGACAGUGUACAGACUCAGUGGAGAGUGAAGACAGCUGAAGGCUUAUCCUUAUUUAGCACACUGGACCCUUCACUGUCAUCCACCAUUGUACCGAUGGGCUGACAAUACUCUACAGGUACUACUGAAAAACUCCAUCUGGGCACACUAAAGGAAUAUGGGAAAUUUGCCAUUAGAACGUUGUGUUAUUUACAAAUGUGGUGAGCAGUAAGUCAGCAUCUUCACUCAUAAUAUCAUUUCCACACUCCUCUGUUUAAAGCAUUGAUUACAUGCAUUUUUCUUUUACUUCACUAGCAACCACAUGACCCUCAGUCAAGGGUCAUAAUUAUUAUUUUCAAUGAAGGCAAAUUGCCCCUCUGAAAUAUGGGCCAAUAUUCAUACCUCAUCAAAAGCACCUAAAACCCAUUGGCCAGGAGGCUGUUCUGUUACUGUAUGCUUGUGGAGAAUCUUGCACACUGUACUAUAAGAUUAUAUUUUAUCACAUAGAUGAACUGUCCAAAUUAGAUUGUAUCUAGUAAUUAAGUGUAGAGAUUUAAAGAGAUUUUAAAACUACAGGAAAAGUAGCACAUGUGGAAGAAACAUCCACUCACAGUAAACAGAAACGUAGCGUACUGUAACUUUUCAGAUACUUGUAGGUAGGACAUUCCCCUGGUUUACACUUGUCACAAUUGCACUUUUAACCACUGAAAAACUCACCUCCCAUUCCACUUAAGGUAGAACUAUGUUUUACCAAAAGCAGGGGCCAAAUCUUAGCUCAGCAGUAUAUUGUAUACUAACAGUAAUUGAAGACACCUCAAAAUGGUGGAAUUAAGCUAUUCUCUUAUUAUACCAGUUAUAAAAUAUUGUGAGGCCUUCAAGUUAUUUAUUUCAUUAUUUAUUUAUUUAAUAAGUUAUUUAUUCAUUCAUAACUGUUUGUCAUUUUUCCAUUUUAUGACCAGCAUUUUAUGUAAAUCCAGUCGAUAAUAUGGAGACCAAAGUUCCACCUCAAAUUAUCACUGGAAAUUGUGCUUUUACUUUAAAACUGUGCUUAAUUUUUGGAAAAAAAGAAAAGACUGUAUUUAUAUUUUAAGUGCCAAAAAUGAAUUGCAAACUGUAAUGAGUAAAAUCUAUUGUGCCAGUAGGAUUUAUACGAAAAAAAGUAAAAAAGAAAAAAAAAAAACUGGAUAAAAAGGCAAGACCAACUUUUGAUGGAAACUUAAGCAUCUUUUUUAAUGCACAUUCCACCUCAUGUACUUGGACAAUUGUUCAGAAGAGAAUGUGGGAAAAGAUGGUGGUUUUAUUGCUGCUAGGUGUAAAUACAGACUCGUAUACUCCAGCUACGUGUCAAAAAUGAAAUCUUUUAAGUGUUUAAAUGCUAUGCGAUGUCAGACCUUUCACCGCGCUCUUAGCUGUUAGCUAAUAGAAGUAGCAUAGUUGUGUUCCUCUGAGCAGUGCAAACGAGUGAGACGUUUGGAUAGUAUUUUGUCAGCUUCUUCAGCGCUGUUUUUGAAUAUAGGUUAUGUGUAAUUGUUGGGACUGGGACACAAUACUCAGAUUAUCAACUAUUAACGUGAAGAUUUUUUACAAUGUGUAAUACAACGUGUUGACUGGAAUGGUGUCUUAAAAUCUGUGGUAUUCAAGUGUACACUUAAUAAGUACCUUUAGACACCUGUACCAUGGUAGUAUUGUUAAU